AUGGAAUUAUAUGAAUCUCUACUUCAAUGCUCAGUGAGCGUUGCAUGUGACACUGUAAUUGGCGUCAAGUGGGAUUUACGGUCAGACAAAAUCGAUCAAUAUUGUAAAGCAAUAACAAGGUGCAGAAAAAUUGUAAGCCGCAGAUAUACGAAUUUAUUAUUGUAUCCUAAUGUUAUAUUUAAACGCACAAGUUUAGGACGUGAAUAUCAAAAGUGUUUAAAUAUCAAAUAUUCCUUCGUGAAUGAGUUGAUACAGCAGCGACGAUACGCAUUAAAUAAAUCGGAGACUGAUAUAAAUAAAACAACUCACAGGGCAAUUUGCGACAUGCUUUUGAACAACUCUAACGAAGAAAUAUUCACGGAAGAGGUUAUUCAUGAUAAUGUGUUUACGAUGUUAGCAGCGGCCAGUGACACAACCACCAUAACGAUGGAUUUUAUGAUCUUCAUGUUAGCGAAUUUUCCGAAGAUCCAAGAGAAGGCAUAUCAGGAAUUGUUGGGGAUUUAUGGCAUGAAAAGUCCGAAAGUCGCACCAAUUAAAUAUGAAGAUUUACAGUCUAUGGACUAUUUGGAUCGAGUUAUUAAGGAAACGAUGCGAUUAUUCCCUGCGGUGCCUUUAAUCGCACGACAACUAACCGAAGAUUUAAGUUUAGGAGAGAUUAUGUUGCCAAAAGAUGCUACUAUAGUCAUAUUACUGCAAAACGUCCUCCGAAAUGAAAAACAUUGGCCAAAUCCAUUAAUGUUCGAUCCGGAUAGAUUCCUGCCCGAAAGAUUGGGAAACUCUUACUCGGAUUAUUAUAUACCUUUUAGUAACGGGCCUAGAAAUUGCAUAGGUAUGAAGUUUGCGAUGAUUUCCAUGAAAGUUAUACUAGCGACUUUGAUACGAACAUUUGUAUUUAAAGUCGAUAAAAGUAUUCCGAUCGAUAAAAUAAAAUUAAAGUUUGAAGUUUUACUGGUUCCUAUUCAGCCCCUAAAAGUCAAAAUUGAAAGGCGGAAUUUUUUAUCAUAAACAAUAUAUAAUAUUUAUGAAUAUGUUUAACAAAAUAUAUUUUUACGGAAAAUUUCAAGGAGAAUUGAAAAGUCAAAAUGAUGUCAAUUUGACGUCAUAUUGACUAAAUUUAUGUCAUUUU